AUGGCGGAUGGUACUAGAUUCAAAACCAUGGACGAUCGACUGAAUCGACAUGAAGAUACGAUGGAAAGGUUAGCUAAGAGUAAUCGUGAGAUCAGUGAAACACAGGUGGGAAUCAGAGGAGCUUUAGAACAAAUUGUGGAAAGGUUAACAACAUUAGAAAAGAGACCAGUAGCUGUUGAUCUGAACAUUCCUCAAGGGGAUGGUAUUUUACCCAUUCCAGAACAGGAACAUAGGAAUUUGAGGCACCAGGGAGUUCUCAUACACCCUCCUAAGUGGGAAUUGCCCAGUUUCGAAGGUCACCAGCCUAAGGUAUGGCUUAGAAAGUGUGAAAGGUACUUUAAUUUACAUAGAACUGCUGACAACUUGAAGGUUGAAGCAGAAGCACUCUAUCUUAAUGGAAUGGCUGAAACAUGGUAUAACUCUAUGGUACUGAGUUUAGGGGUAUUGACCUGGGUAGAGUUCAAAAAAGAAUUAUGUAUUAGGUUUGGAGAAAUUUUAAUGGAGGAUGUUGUGGAAGUUUUUAACAAGUUGAAUCAGACUGGAUCUGUAGAUGAAUAUUUGGGAAGGUUUGAGGAUCUCAAAGCUGAUAUGUUGAUAAGAAAUCCGGCCUUGAAUGAAGCUCAUUUCCUGUCUAGUUUCAUGGGAGGACUCAAAGAGGAGAUCAAGUAUGCUAUUAAGAUGUUUAAGCCCACUACCCUCAGCUUUGCAAUUGAACAAGCCAGGAUGCAAGAGAAGGCCAUAGAAGCAGCUCUUAAGAAGGACAAAACUGAUACUAGACGUAUCAAGUCUCCUAUGAGUAGUUUUGCCCCAAAACCAACAGCUCUGACUUCCACUAGACCAACCACUUAUCGGUUGAGUCCAGAAGUUUACGAAUAUAGGAAGAACAACCAGCUUUAUUUCAGAUGUGGAGAUAAGUAUACUCCAGGGCAUAAAUGUAAGAAUAGACACUUGAAUUGCAUCAAGGGAAUCACUGAAGAUGGGCAAGGGGCUUGGGCAACACCUACUGAAACUAGGGAAAUAAUAGAGGAGCAAGCCCUAACUGAUGUAAUAAUUGAAGGGGAAAUCCAACAGGAGAUGCAAAAGGCAAUUUGUCUGAGUUCCUUGUCUGGCAAUCACAAUGGGGUGAAUACCAUUCUAGUAAAGGGAAUAGCUAAGAAUAGGAAUCUAACUGUGAUGGUUGAUUCAGGAAGCACUCAUAGCUUUAUUGAUUCACAAGCUGUAAUGGAAACAAGUUAUGUGGAAACUUAUAGCUCACCUAUGAAAGUCAUUGUUGCUGAUGGUAACUAUUUGUUAUGUAAUUCUACUUGUACGAGUUUCAGCUGGAAGAUGGAAGGGAAAUCAUUCAGAGAAGAUCUAAGGAUUAUCAAGUUGGGAGGGUGUGAUAUAGUCCUAGGGAAUGACUGGAUGAAAAAAUACAACCCCACCAAGUUUGACCAUGAGAAGAGGAGUGUCACUAUUGGAAAAAAGACCAAUAAAUUGGUGUUGCAUGCUAUUCCUGAAGAGGGAAGUAUUCACAUGAUUAGCAGUGGUACGAUGGGAAAAUUGAUCAGGAAGGGUCAGACUUUGAUGGCUCACUUGUUCAUGGUCAGCAUGGACACAACUACUGAGCAGGAAACCAUUGAAGAACCAAUAAAAGUGGUGCUACAACAAUUUGAAGAUGUCUUUGCCGAACCUAAAGGUUUACCACCACUGAGGAGUUUAGAUCACUCAAUUCGUUGA